GCGCCGACAGGUGGCGCUAAUGUCCCAGGACAACCGGUGCUUGGAUAAAAAGGAAGGACAGAGGGUCGUCAUUAGGAAACAUAACUAAGAAGCACACGCUCACUGGUGAUCAUGGGCCGCCACUUUGGAGACUUGGCCAAGAUCAGGCAUGUAAUCACAUACAGCCUGUCCCCAUUUGAACAGAAGGCUUUCCCCAACUACUUCUCCAAGGGAAUCCCCAAUGUGUGGAGACGGACCACAACAUCUUUCUUCAAAGUUGGACCCCCGAUGAUCCUCAUGUACCUGACCUACACCUGGGGCAACAGUGUCCAUGCACAGGGCAAGAGGAAGAUUGCUGCCGACUAUGAGAACGAUGAAUAAACACCUGCUGCCUCCUGAAAGCUGCCAUCUGUUGUUCAUUCAAACUCUAUGUAACCAAUAAAAUAUUUAUCUGAAAUCA